AGUUUCGUGAGGAUAAAGGAGUCUGAAAUUAAAUAUGUUCCUUGCUUCUCCCUGAUCCAAACGGAAAAGACCAUGGAGAGUUCGCGUAUUCUAGUCACUGGAUUGCCAAAAGAUACAACAGAAACUGAUCUUACGAUAUACUUUCAGUCUGUCAGGGAUUCCGGAGGUGGUGAUGUGAAGAAAAUCGAAAUCGAGGGUGGACAAGCAUUCCUUACCUUCGAAGAUGUGCAAGGUAUGUUAUAAUAACUUUAUAUGGCGAAGGCUAAGUAUCAUUUCAUAAGUCAUUCGUUUGGUCCGCAAAAAGAGGGGCACCAGCGAUAACUAGGCUGAACUAAACCGUUGUUCUAUAUGCUACGUCAACAAGCUGCGCUUGAUAAUUAGAAGUUUUACAUAAGAAAUAGAUAUGGCUGCUCUGAUAAAGUUUGUGUCCUGUGAGCAAAGGUCUUUCCAACUCCUCUGACUGCUAGGUACUAACAGUUCCUUGUUAGAUACAUUCAAGGGUAACAAAAGUAGGUAUACCCGUUAGUAAAUCAAAUGAAUAUAACUUAACAGAAGUGGAAGUACCUUUACCUUGGCUUACUCGUCAAAUUUUUGCUUUGAUUGUAUGAUUAAAUGUCGGCCUGUUUAAGUGAAACCAUGUCAGACAGAAAUAAUCGACCAAACAAGUGAGACCAGAUAUAUUUCAGAUAUUUUGGAAUAGGUAAUUUCGACACCUUGAAAUCGAAACUAAAAGAAGGAAGUGAAGCAGACCUUGAACUAUAGGAAGGUUCGCCAAUCAGCACUCAUCUGUUUCAAAUGUUGUGCUCCUGCCUUUCUAAAAUGGCCCGACUUCAACACUACUCUGACUAACAAGACUUCGUUUCAGACGUCGAAUUUAACCCAGUCGAAUAAAAACAGCUGUUACGGAAAGCAAAACUGAAACGCUGUGGCUAUAUGGCCGGUAACCGGUCAAGGAUUUCAAAACACUGAAUGACCCAAAUGACCGGCAGUCCUCUCUUUUCAGUAAAUUUCACAAAUCGAAAAAAUCCAGCUAAACCAAACUAUCAUUUGUCGAUUAAGAAAAGUCAAGCGAUCCUGAAAUGCUUUAUACCGAUUUAUAGAUCAGUCAAGAACAGGGUUUGGUUCACCCUGAGCUCAGAAGACGAACCAUGGUUUGUGACACUUAGAACUUUUUUCAGCUCGACUGCCGGUCAAGGUUUUCAAAACAGGUCGAAAUGACAGCGGCAGUCCUAUAUUCUCAGUAAAUUUCACAAAAUCGAAAAAUCCAAGCGACUCUAAAUUAUCAUAUGUCGAUUAAGAAAAGUUCAGCGAUCCUGAAAUGCUUUAUAGAUCUCAAAUACCGUAAAAUUUCGAAAAUAAGCCCCUCCAAAUAUAAGCCCCCCAAAAUCGUAACGCAAAAAACAUUCGUUAAAUCGCCCCUCCGAAUAUAAGCCCCCCGGAGGGCUUGUACUUGGAAUUUGCCCUCGAAUACAAAGUAAAACAAAACAAACUUGGUAAAUUUCCUUCCCACUACAAGCUACCAUAAUCGAUUUUGAAAUGCAAAUUUCCCUCCGUGCAUAAGCCCGUCCAAAAAUAAGCCCCUCAAAAAGGGCUUUUGAUGAGCCCCGGGGCUUAUUUUCGGAAUUUUAUAAAAACAAAUAAAACGACCAUAAAUCGGACGUGGGCCACACAGGAGAGACGUAACAUGCAUUUUAAGUGAGGUAAGCUGUUUUUAUUGAAAUCCUUUCAUUUUCGUAGGUUACAGAAACGAUAGGUUUUUUUCCCCAUACAAAUCCUUAUAUUUUGAAUGUUAUGCAACAAUGCCGAUGUUCGCCGAUGCUCAUAUUUCAAGCUUGGGCUACCUGUAGGCUCAGAAGACAAAACCAUCUUUUGUGACACUUAGCACUUUUUUCAGCUCGACUGGCGGUCAAGACCGGUCAAGGAUUUCAAAACACUGAAUGACCGGCAGUCCUAUAUUCUCCGCAAAUUUCACAAAUCGAAAUAAUCCAGCUAAACCAAACUAUUAUUUGUCGAUAAAGAAAAGUCUAGCGAAAUGUACUGUAAUAGGACUGCCGGCCAUUUAGUGUUUUCAACACCUUGACCGGCAGUCGAGCUGAAAAAAGUUCUAUUAGUGUCACAAAACAUGGUUUCGUUUUCUGAGCCCAGCGUAAACUAAACGCCAGGCUGACUUUUCUUUAUCGACAUAUGAUAGUUCAGAUGAGCUAGAUUUUCUCGAUUUGUGAAAUUUACUGAGAAUAUAGGACUGCCGGUCAUUUAGUGUUUUGAAAACCUUGACAGGCAGUCGAGCUGAAUUAAAUUCUAAGUGUCACAAAACAUGCAUGGUUUCGUCUUCUGAGCCAAGCGUAAACCAAACGCUAUACUUGAGAUUUAUAAAGCGUUUCAGGAUCGCUUGACUUUUCUUAAUCGACGUAUUAUAAUUUAGAUAAGCUGGGAUUUUUCAAUUUUGUGAAAUUUAAUGAGAAUAUGGGACUGCAGGUCCUUUAGUGUUUUGAAAACCUUGACCGGUUACCGGCCAUAUAGCCACAGCGAAACUGAAAAAUAUAGAACGGUUUAGUGAACUCAGAUUCAGUAAUGAAUUGAUCAUGAGAUCGGUACCUUGCCUUGCCUUGCAAAGCAUGACUUGGUUUCACACAUCGUGCUUCGCUACUGCCGUACUAUAGUCGAAUUAAAUUCGAUCAACUAAAUUCGGCACAGCAGUAGCACGACGUCUAUUGUUAUCGACACAGUGAGUCAGACAUACAUGUAUCAGGGGCACCCAAUGACGAGAAUAUAGUUCAAAACCACUUAGACAUAGCAUUGUUAAGCGUACCGUAUUUUAGUAUUUAAACGGUAAAUAUAGGCAUAUUUUUAUCCCCUAAAAUUUUUUCAUCUGUUUGGAUUUCCUAGCUGAAAGUCUAGUGAUCCAAAAAUUAUAGGGAUCAAAACUUACGUUUUCGAAAUUUUCGACCAGAAAAAAGGCCCCCGAAAAUUCUAGGUGACCUUGUUAGGGUAAAAAUCCGUAGAAGAUGGGCAAUUAUACCAUUUUUUUGAUGUUCGAAAAUCCUAGGAGAGGCAGGCAAGGAAGAGAUUUUACAACAAAUGUUCCGAAAAUUCUAGAUCUCAAAUCGUCCUCCGAACAGAUAUUUUCUGAAAAUUGACGUUGGGUGCCCCUGAUGUAUACGUGCUGUAGAGUAAUAAACAGUCUACUCUGAAAGUGCUGAUCAUGUGCAACUGCCACGAAAAGGAGCGGCGGACCUGAUCAAAAAAUAAUAAUAAUUUCAUUUAUUCUUCUUAAGUCUAUAAAUAAUGGCAAUGAGUGGAGUCCAAUUCGGUUUGUAACUCAUACCAAGUGAUUGUUGCCAGCGAGCAGCCUUGCGUCUUGCGAUGCGGCGGCCUAAUAAAGCCGUGCGCGAAAUUAAUAAAAGUUCAAAGGCAGAAUGGAUCUCGAAUCGAUGUAACAUAAGAUACUGUAAGGUAACUUUUAUGACGUAAUGCAGAAGAGAGAAUGAAUUGUUUUCGAGCGAACAAAUGAUACAGAACAGAGAAUCCUAUAGCCGUGUUCCAUGCUCAUCCCGUCAUCAACCAAUCGUCGGGUGAAUUCAUUUGCAUUAUUUGCAUCAUACGCGCAUAGCUGUCUCAUUUGCCCGCCGGAUUUUUUUAUUGCCUGCCGCCAAGAAAAAAUAUUAACGCCGCAAACGUGUGUCGUUGAAGCAAAAUUAUUCGGAAGGCUUCUUCGGCGCACAACUGAAUCUUUUUCUUUUCUUGAAAAUUAGACCUCCUAAGUUGAAUAUUCGAGGACUUUAAUAUGAUUUUUCGAGGAUUCUAAGUUCGCUUCAAAGACCACUAAAUUUUAUCUAAAAAGACCUGUGUGGAAAUAGGAACUUCACAUACCUCGAAGCGUAUACUAUUCGCGACAGUCCCUUUGACGCUCGCUGAAUAAGCGACGGAGAAAUGGAAUCGCACCAGGAAGUUGAAUGUUAGAUACGUCCUAAAGAACCCAGACACUUGCCAAAACUCAAAACCGGGUCCCAAAACUCAAAGAAGAGAAAACCCAGUUCUCCAACACUGAAACAAGUAGACUUCUCAUACUUACUGACAGCUGGGAAAGGAGGUCUUUCAGGGAAUAGCAAAAGGACUGCGUAGUAAAAAAUCAAUAGGCUGCCAGCCCUUGAGCGGUAACAAGCAAAUAAACCGGAGAUAAAGGUCCAAGGUAAAAAGGAAAACCUAAGCGCAGAGAAGACGCGAGAAAACCCACCCAAGGGAUGGCAGCCUGAGCGUCAGUAAUCCGACUAGGGUAUUAGACAUCCUUUCAGGCUACCAUGGAAGGGCAGGAAGAAAAACAUUUGAAAUGACGGAAGAAAAGGCAAGGAACGAAUAGCACUCGUUAAGUAAGAGAGUAGAAAAACAUCUAGGAAAACAAGGGAGCAAAUACACUGGGACAAGGGAGUAAACCCGCAGAACUGGAGGCCCUGAGACAAACCACGGGUAUCAAAUUACCGAAACAUAAUCAUGAUUCAAAAUCUGGCAGGAGCCGAGGAAAUAACACCAUUGUAAACAGCUAGCGGUGUUAUUCGUACUUUACCUAGCUAUCUGCGGUUUGUGCAGUGCUCUUCCCUCAGCCUCCCGUUAGGUUUUAGUGCUUUCCCUUCGGCUCCCGUAGUUUGUUGCACGCUCUCGUUGUUAGUAAUUUAUGUUUUCCGUGCUUUGCCUAACGAACACCGGGUUUGUGCAGUGCUAUUCCCUCGGCUCCCGUAAAGUUUGUUGCACGCGUUUGUUUUAUUUGCUUUACUCAGGAAUUUUUGUUUUGCGUGCUUUGCCUCACAAACACCGGGUUUGCGCAGUGCUUUCCCUUCUGCUCCCGCAGUUCGUUGGACGCUUUGGUGUUAGCAAUUUAUGUUUUGUGUGCUUUGCUUCACAAACACCGGAUUUGUGCAGUGCUAUUCACUCGGUUCCCGUAAAGUUUGUUGCACGCUUGUGUUUAUAAUUUUGCUUUAUUCAGUAAUUUUUUGUUUUGCGUGCUUUGCCUCGCAAACAUUGGGUUUGUGCAGUGCUUUCCCUUCGGCUCCCGUAGUUUGUGGCACGCUGUUUUUGUUAGUAAUUCAUGUUUUGUGCUCUUUGCCUCACCAUCAUCGGGUUUGUGCAGUGCUUUUCCCUUCGGCUCCCCUCGAGUUUACACCCUUUUGUUUUUCUUUGUUUUAUUGAGUUUUUUUCUUUUGUUAUGCGUGUUUUACCCAACAAGCUCAGGUUUGUGCAGUGAUUUUUUCCCCGGCUCCCUUCGAAUUUGCACGCUUAUUUUUUGCUUGUAUUAUUCAGUUUUUAUUUUGUUUUCUGCGUUCUUUCCCUCGCUAACUUAAUCUUCCUUCGAUUCCCGUAAAGUUGGUUCAUCACUUUUGUUGCAUUUAUGCUUUAUUUGGUCAAUCUGUUCGGCGUGUUUAAUUUUACACUAUUGGGUAAAACAAAGGCAAAACAUAAACGUGUAAAAACCUUACGGGAGCCAAGGAAAGGGCAGUAAACAAACUGGGCGUAGAGCGCACUGGCGAGUGGGCCGUUUGAAGCAGAGCUAGAGCUUUUGUAACAUUGGCUGGGGCGGGACCGGUUCGUCAGCCAUCUUAAUAAAACAAGAAUCGGGUAACAGAGCGAAUGGAUUCUUGCGCGAACUGGGAGAAAUGAGAUGCGGAGCUCUUAUUUAUACUCGCGUUGCAAGGGACUGGCGCGAAUAGCAAUUAGCUAUAAUUAAAAGUACAAAAUCCACAGUCGUCUGAUUUGUUUUCAAUCACGCGUAUGAUUACAGACAGAAUUGGACGACAGUACGGUGUGAAAGAUUUUCAUAUUUUUUGAAAAAGGCUCGUCUGUCUUGAAACCUCUUAACGGGACGUUCUAAGAGACUAAGAGAAAUUGGUUCUCAAAAGAGAAUUUCGAGGAUUCAAAGCACUUAAUUCUUCAUCGUUUGCGUUAACUGAGAGUCUUCUAUCAAAACUGCUUUUAAAAGGAAGACAUUGAAUUAAAAAAUUAUUGAGUCUGGUAAUAAGUCGGUCCUUCAGCUACUGCCGAAGUCCUGUUUCAAGUCAAAGAAGGGGCGGGGGGUCUGCACAGCACUGCUUUAAUAUGACAUUUGCAUUUUUAUUUUCGGUAGCUGCCUCAAGGGUUGUUGGAAAGCGAAAGCAUCUCUUUAAGGGCCGAUACCCUUUGAUCGUAUCACUUCUACCAGAGGAAGUUGAAUCCAGUCCUGAAGAUGAAAGGGAAGAUACGCUGACAAACGAUCAAGAGAAAGAUUCACGUGACAGAGAGUCAAAUGUGGGUAAACCUUAAUGUUCGUCCAAAGCGCAAUUUCUAUAAAACCGGCCUGAAAUCUAAAACAGCGUUUGAGAAGGAAAGAUGUACAAAAACGAAGCAUAUAGUAGCCAGUAUUCUUAAAAGCCAUAAUCGCAUUCUGGUUUUAAAUUAAUUUUCCUAGACCUCGUUGUAGUCUGUGAUAGAGCCUGAUCGGUACUUACCCUAUUACAUCACUGAACACUCAAUGUAACUACGCGACUUAACGUGUUUCACUAAAACAAAGCAUGGUUGAUCCAGAGUGUGUCACAAAACCUUUCUCAGUCUUGUUUUCUUUUACUCUCAGCAGUCCCCAUAUGGAAAUAGCCAGUUGACCAACGAAAAGGAAGAAAAACAAAAAGUUGGUGAGGCUUGGCCAGUGCAAGAAUUGACAACGCAACGUGAAGGAUGUCCACCAUCACAGUGCACAGUUAAAGUUGCAGGCCUAUCGGAAGAUAUAUCAGAAGAUCUGUUGACAAUGUACUUCGAGAGCACAAAACGAUCCAAAGGAGGUCCAGUCCGUAGUAUUGACAUUGAUCGCGAUUUACGGGAAUGCCUUAUUACUUUUGACUCUCCUGAAGGUAUGUCUAAAACCCUAAUAAACAAAAGAUGAAAAAGUGAAAUGAAAAAAUAAAUCGAAGAAUAAAUGAAGAAAUAUGAAGAAAUAAAUCGAAGCAGACUUUAUGCAAUGCAACACUGACGAUUUCUCCUUCUGACUGUGAAAAUGUCUUAUUUCAGAUGCGGCGAGAACUAAAGACAAUUCUCCCCACAAAGUGAAUGGCCUAUCACUUGAAGUUACUUUGUUCGCGGAAGAAGAGCAAAGCCUUGUUCUAAACGCUGAGCAACCAGAGUCUGAUGACGAAACGAGUAUUACGAUUGUUGUAAGCGGAGAUUUACCUUCGGAAGACGCCCUGCUGAACUACUUCGAGAAUGCGAGGAGAUCCGGGGGAGGCGAAGUUCUCAACAUGGAUUAUAAUGAUGAGGGAGAUGUUGCGAUUACGUUUGCUGAAGUGAAAGGUAGGGGAAGAAUGGAUUGAGAAACUAAGUACCAGUUUUAAAUGGUACGUUAAAUAUGCAGCGAAACCUCUCUCUAAUCUCACAGGUAAGUUAAAGAGCUGCGACUACCAUGUUUAAUACCUCGGCUUAGUAUUUAGCCUGCGUAGCUGGCGGUAUUGUGUAGUAGUCGAGUGAGAUUUGGCGGCGGAGCCGUUGUAAUAUAGUCGAGUGAGAUUUGACGGCGGAGCCGCCACGAGCGGCGAAGCCGCCUCGUCCCUACUCCCUGUUUUUGGAACACGGCUCCGCCGCCAAAACUUUAAUCUCGCACCCACACAAUACCCGCCAGCUACGCAGGUUUCAUUAUAGUAUUUAACCGUCUAAUUAUUUUCUGGUCCGGUUUGUUCAAAGUUUGCCGUUACUAUUAGACAUAAAUCGGGUCAAUAAAUAUAAUAUAUAAAAAUAAUGGUACCCAAAUCGCUUUGGCUCUUAAGAUUACUCCCCCUCCCACUCUCAUUCCCCCAGAAUGAACAAAUCUCACGGUGUUGAGAUAUGGAUAUGGACACUGCACUAUGUAUUUUCAUGAUUGCAGAUUUAAAGCGGCUUCUUGAGGGUCCACACACCAUUGAUAAAAAACCUCUUAAAGUGAUAAAGCAGCCUCCAAAGAAAAAAGUCCCACUGGACCCACUAAAAGUCCAUGUUCAAGGACUUAACGAGAAGACUACGAAAGACUCGCUGUGCUUGUAUUUAGAGAAGUUCAGCAAAGUAGACGUGACUGAGGUGUACAUGGGCUGCAACAAUAACGCAAUGGCCGUUUUUGAUGCUGAACCAGGUAAUAAUACCUAUUCAUAUAUUUUAUUGUUGUUCUUCUGUGAACGAUCAAAACUGUAUUUAUCCAAAAGAAAGUUAGCGCUUUUUCAGUGUCUUAAUAUUUGCUUGUGAUUUUGUGUGUUUUGGCCCACUCGUGAAGUUGUACAAUUUCUGCUGCAAAGUUUUAAGGGCAUACCUUCUUUUGAAAGCACAGUGUUAUCCUUGAUCUAUGCAUGCAGUUUGAGAGUAGUUAAUCGAUUUUUUCAUAAAUUGAAGCUGUUUAGGCUGAAUUUACUGUAAAAAUUGUAAACAAAUUCUUUAUUAAUAAUUAACGAGCCACAAGAGCACAUAAAAGGAUACCCGGACUCACUGACAUGAUUUUCUGGGCAGCGACUUGGAAUGGUUGCGUAAAGGGUUUUAGUAGGAUACCCAAGAUACUUGUAAUUCCACUAAUUCUACUGAUUGCAAACUUUUUGGAGCCAGUUACAAUCAGCUGGCACAGAAAAACUGACAGGACAAGUUUAUUUCAAGUUUUCAAGUUUAUUUACUAUCAAUAUAUUUACAACUUUUACAAACAAUCCGACUGACCUGCAGGUAGCCUAACUAAUCAAGGUAGGUCAGUCUCGCAAGUUCUAACUAUUACAGAUUUCCGCAAAAAAGAGUUUGAAAAAAAGUCAUUAACAAGGUAACAGUUUUGCAAAACAGAGAGAGAAACAUAUAUUAAUUAUUAUUAUUCUUUCAAAAUAUUUCCCCUAUUCUUAUUGGCUAAAAGCACACGUUUAAUUCACCAUAACCAGUUCCUGAUGACCAAAUUUGGAAGAAAUUUGACUUUAACGAGGAAAUGACGUCAAAAAUGCAGCGUUUUCGCAGGUUGAGGCACCGUUAACCGAGAAGACCUGGGGACGAGGUUGAGUUGUUUUGGUUGUGAACUUGAAAAAAUGGCGGACAUUUCACUCGUUUCAAGAGUAAGAACUAGGCGAAAAAAUAGCUAAAAACAUGGCAAGAACAGCAAGAAGACAACUCGAAGGGCGACACCUGCUACUUGGAGAAUAUUUGCGGAGCUGGACAAACCUAAACGUACACUAUCGAAGAUGAACUGAACAUCGAUGGAUCGAUAGAGGUAAGAAUGUUUCAGCUAUGUUUUUAAACUAGGAAUUAUUUUGAAUGAAUAAUAAAACAGUUAUUGAAUUCGGCUUUCGUAUCAUAUGAAGAAUUAUGGAGAUCUCGUAGGGUAUUAUCCGCCUCGGCCUAUGGCCUCGACGGAUAACACCGUCCUCGAUCUCUAUAAUUCUUCAUAAGAUACUCCGCCUCAUUCAUUAACUGUUAAAUAUGGUGGCACAUUAAAUCAAAAAAGGAAUACUUAAGGCCACAAAAAAAAUAAAAUAAUUAUCUGAUGAAUUAUGAUAAAAAUCAACUUUAUCCCUUACUACUGGCGACGUGUGAACUUGCACACGAUGAGAUUUGGCUUAUUUGAAGCUUUCCUUACGGGGACACGGUGAGCUGUGUCAAUAUCCAAAAUGGAAACUUCGUUGAUUCCUAAUGCCGAGAAUAGUCGAAGGCAGAGGUUGGCUGCUCACGCGCCCCAUGACCGGCGUGCCAACAAUUUUGAGGCUGUGGUCCUCGAACGAUUCGAUGGCAGCGGCGAUUUUGUUGCCAUUUUGAGAAACCUUGUCCACUCUUAAUUUUACUGAAUUCUUGUUGCUCUUUUACCAGCGCGUCAUACUGGUCACUAAUAAAAUUAUACUGACUUCUUUUUGUCACACGACAAAUCCGCGUCGUUUGUACUUGCAACUUCUUCGCCAGCUCCAUGCCUGUUUUCUUUACCUUCAAGUUGAGUCCGUCAGUUUUUGUAUUUUUACAUUUAGUUCGCUAAGUUCAUUUCUUAAGGAUUGGUUUUUUUGUCUUAGCUGUUUAGUUUUCUCUCUGGUCAUUGCGUCACAAUCUAGAAAAUCUUAAAAUUCAACAGUUCGCGGAGAGUUUAUGAACGUGACUGCUCAGCUCAAGCGUACGCAUACGUUUCUCUCGGAAAAAACGUUAUAAAUAACUUAUGUCACUUGUGGACAUAUUUUUCUACUGCUCUACUGUUACUCGACAAAUAUUAUGUCCUGUUUCUGUUUCAGACUUCGUUGUUCUUUUUGAAAAAGUCACCAAAGACAGAAGAGGUCUGGAGGGGAAGCAUGUUCGAUUGGACCGCGUGCCCGUAUGUUCUUGCAUUCAUGUCAAAGGACUUAGAAAGGAAACAUCAGAUGAAACCAUAGCUCUUUACUUUGAAAACAUGAGAAGGAGUGGAGGGGGGCCUGUCAGCCUUGUGGAAAGAUUAGAAAAAGACCAAGUCUUGGUGUAUUUUGAGAAUCCAUCCAGUGAGUAGAACUAACUAGAAAAUUAGAACUGACUGAAAAAAUUGUGGAAGCUGUUUUUAGAUGACGGCGGGAAUUUUUUUUACCGGAGGAGGACGAACGCGGGCCACCGUGUGGAUAGGAGAAAGACUUUGUCCCAUCUCAUCUUCCUUCUCCUCCUCGAUCCUCUUUUGAGAAAUGUUCUCUGUACAUUGCACGAUGAGUGGAAGGAAAAAUGGAUAUUCUCUCGGGAAAACAUUAAAUUUCGAUGAAGAAAAGUGAGGCAUGCUGAGUCUUUUUCGAAGUGUACAGGUCCGACUAUAAUUUUGCACUGAGCAUGAACACUGUGACAGCUUAAACUGGAAGAAGUAUAAAGCUAAGUUUUUUACGAUCGUAUUUAAUGUUGUCACUUCUUUAAUAGUUUUUUUUCUUUUUGGAUUCAGGCCUCGAGACCGUUAUCAAAAGAAGCCAUGUCCUUGAACGACAACAGUUGGACGUAAAACCCUACUAUCCUUUUCUGGAGAAUUCAUCAACAAACAAAACCGAUAUUGCCUUUGAAGCAGAAGUAUAUGAUUAUGUCAACAAGUACCACCAACGAGAAUUACAAGCACUGCUUGAAGAACAGAAGGUACUGAUUGAAUUUUCAGAUGACUCUCAAAGAUCUACCAUCACGAUUUUUCCAUCAGAGAAGAAGAAGAAAGAAUCUCUUCAAUCGUGGCAGAAACGGGUGAGUGGCCUGGAAACAUUUUUAAACCGUUUCAAGAAAGUAGAAGUCCCCAUCGGAGCUGAACUGUUUGAUGAAAUUGUUCGACGAUGGAAGAAGCAAAAUGAAGUGAAUCUAACACAAGGAGGGUCUUCUCACAUUGGAGUAUCUUUCAAUAAACAAAGCCGAUGUGUGCAGAUUAUUGGAAGGGAAAAGUACGUGGCUGAAGAAGAGAUUAAAUUCAAACAGUCAAUCGACGCCGCUCACAAAGAUACAGAGCUUAUGAAGUCAAUAGUAGAGGUAGAAAUGACAGAUAUUCCGGAGUCACGCCUGGCCUUGUUGAAAAUGUGCGAUAUUGGCGGAAGACUUCAAAACAAACAUCAACAUUUAACCAUAUCUAUUGAUCUGAAAGGCAACAAAGUGCAUUUAAAGGGGCCUAGAAGCGUGCUUCAGGACGUUCAGUUGGAAAUCUAUAGGUUUAGUUCGAAUGUGACGGAAGAAAGCCUCGAACUUCCCGCGAACGUUAUAGCCGUUUUAAAGAACCCCCAAGUCUCGGACUUCAUAACGGGCCUAUUAAAAGAAAAGGAGAUCCAAGCACUCUUUAUUUACGAUCACAACAAAAGCUCAAACGAGGUUCUUGUGGUAGGUGCCGGCUCUACCAGUGUCAGAGAUGCUGGGAAAAUGCUACAGGAUGUAAUCCAGGAACGUAGUCUCCAGCUGACUGAUGAAAAUACGAUAGUUCUCGAAAGUCAUCAGUGGAAAGCUUUCCUGUCAAACCUGACCUCCACGAAAAAGGUUGGAAUUUUCGCAGAGCGCUAUUCCAGUACUCUAUGGGUAUGUGGAAUCGCAGAAGACGUACAGCUUUGCUUUGAUCGUGUUAAACAGUUCCUUGACGAGAACACCAUUUUACAUGACACCUUUCUUAUUAACCAAGGAAAAGCACGCUUUAUUUUCGAAAAGUGGGGAUUUAAGCUUGACAAAAUCAAGAAAGACCUUGCUACUUGUUGCGUUGAUUUAAGAGCUGCCCCUGACUGUGAGGGGAUUGAAGUUUCUGGGACGGAAGAGGGACUAGAACAAUGCGUUGCAAAGCUCAAAGAAAUUGAAAAGGCCGUUCAGAAAGAUUCUAUCUCCAUUGACAAACCAGGAAUGAAGAAAUUUAUUUUGGAAGAAAAAGGCUCCAAAUCACUGCGAGCAAUAGAAAAAAGCAGUAACUGUCUUAUUCUUACUUCAGAAAGAAACGAGCACGAAUUGUCAUUUACGGAUAUAGAGAAUACGAGAAACAGCGAUUAUGAAAUGUCCAGUGCAGAAUUCAUGUGCAGCUAUCUGACGAUAGAGGGAAAAAAGGUUUCUGUUUUCAAAGGAGACAUAACGAAGCAACGUGUGGAUGCCAUAGUCAAUGCAGCCAACAGUCAGUUACAGCACGUGGGAGGUCUUGCUCGUGCCAUUGUAAAAGCGGGUGGUCAAGAGAUUCAAAGUCAAUGCAACGAAUAUAUUCAAGACAAAGGCGAUCUUUUAGAGGGACAGACAAUGAUAACUAGCGCUGGAACACUACCGUGUGAUAAAGUCAUACACACGGUUGGAACAAGGUGGGACUCUUGGGAAAGCCAAGAAAAAAAAGAAAAGAAAAAAAGGUUGUUGAGGUACGCCAUUACAAAUUGUCUUAAGACGGCCAAAACUUCUCGUUCAAUCGCCAUUCCAGCAGUCAGUUCUGGUGUGUACAGCAUGCCUCUUGACGUCUGUUCCGAAGUUAUCUUGGAUGCUGUCUUUGACUUUUGUGCAACAAACCCCUCCUGCCAACUAACAGAGAUUCAUCUUGUUAACGAUAAUGAGGCAACAGUAAAGGCCUUCGUGCAAGAAAUGAGAAAGCGAUUUUCAGGAAAAACCACGUUCGUCGACAAUGAGAAGCCUAGUAAGGAUUUAAGUUCCCGUAUAAAGAGUAGCAGCAGUGGAACUAAAGGAAAGCCGAAGAAGAAAUCUUUUUUUCAAACCACGCGAUGCAUUAACAUAGCAGUAAAAGUUGGUGACCUCGCCAAGGAAAAGGUACAGAGAAAUUUAAUCAACAAUUUUAAUGACUACAGAUAAUUCCAGGUCAUUACUGCGUACUUGAGGUACAGUCGACAGCUUCAGGGCUCCAAUUUUUUACAUCUUGAAAGUAGAGUUUUACAAGUUGAAAUGCAAUUUGUUGUUCUAUUUAAUCGAAUUUUUAGUUUACACUGUCCGACGUCAGUAAGUAGAUUCAACUGCCUGAGUUUAAAGGGAAUUCAAUAUAGCUCUUCAUAUUUUAGCGCUUUGGGGGAAGGAUGACUCUUUUUAAGACUGAAUUUAUGAAAGAAUCUUGGUAAAACAUUUUACGCAUAGUAACAAGAAUUUAUUAACAAAAAAUAGUUCAUCAAUCACCACCUAAUGUGAUACAUUAGUUUCUAAGGCAACGACGAUGUAUGUGUUUUCUUUUAUAGGCUGACAUUUUAGUCGGAACAGCAGGUCAGGAUCUGAAUUUAAGCAACAAUCCAUGUGCUCGAGCCCUGAGUGAAGCUGCUGGUCAGUGCCUUCAGCAACAGUGUACCAAUAACGGUCCGGUUUCUGAGGGUGACAUCGCCUUGUUAAGUCAAACGGGAAAUCUGAAUUGCCGAGCUGUUAUAUUUGCCGUUUGCUCUCACUGGAAUGAUGGAAGAGGGAAAGAGGUAUCAUCAUUAACAAUAAGCGUUACUAUUCUGUUGAUUGUUGCUGUAUUCACAUAAAUGGCAAUGAAAGAGAACGAGUUACUAUAGAUACAUUAGUUGCUGGACAACUCUCUCCAACCCGUGCCUUUAAUUUUUAAGCGGGACUUGAAAAAGCUCUCAAGAGAGAAAUUUUGUAGUUCGUAAAAUUUUCAUUUCAUUUCAUCUUUUUAGUCGUUAACCUUUGGAGAGAUUUUAGUCUGAUUGUAUUUUUUCAGUCGCCUAGCCUUUUUAGCCUUUUAACUUUAUAACCUUUAGCUUUUUAGAUUUGAUUGUUAUUAGUAGUUUUAAUAAUUUUUAAUCUUAGUCAGAGGACCUCCCUGAAAACCACUUAAUGUGUCGGGAGCUUCCUCUAUAAUGAUUAUUUUAUCAUAUUAUUAUUAUUACCAUUAGUUUUAAUAUCUUGAUUCGUAAACGUAUCUAUGGAAGCCUAAAUAUCGUUUUCGUAUUCUCUCUAAAUAGGCCAUUUAAGAUUUCCUGGGUAGUUUGUUUGCUCAUGAUUCAGAUUACACAUACGGCAUUAUAUGUUAGAGCAUGCAGAUUAUAUUUAUUUUUAUCAGUAAAUAAGAGGAACCAAUUCCUUUGAGAACUUAUGAAGUCAUCAUUCGUCGGGUUUUAAAAAAAACAUCCCAAGCUAAUAGGUCUAUUCAGCUCUCAGUUAUGAAAUGCGUUUCCAGCUGUUUCUUUUAUGAUGGUCUUGUCUUAAUUGCCCCCAUAUUUUCAUGUGACAUAAGCGGUACAUUUCCAUCUAAGUGUGUGAAAUUGUUUCCUGCUUCAGUCACUUAGGACCAUCAUUAAGAAGUGUUUACAGGAAGCAGACAAGAAGAAAAUGACGUCCAUAGCGUUUGCCGCCAUUGGAACAGGCGUCCUUCAGUUUCCUAGAGACCAAGUAGCCGACCUAUAUUUUGAUGAGGUGGUUUCGUACGACCAAAAGAACCCCAAAACCUCAUUGAGGGACGUCAGGUUUGUGUUGUUCCAUAAAGAUGCGCCAACUAUCCAGGCCUUCAAAACGGCGGAAUUAACAAGACAAGCCAUCGGUCUAAGUUCAGCUGAGGAAAGUGCUGCUUCAAAACCCAGAAAAGGAAGAGUGGUUACUUCGUUGUCAGCAAGUUCGUUGACGUUCUCCCCAAUGAAUGAACGGAGACCAGAUCAAUUAGAAACAACUGUUGGACCCUUGUGCUUUCAAGUGCAGGCUGGCGACAUCACCAAAGAGACCACGGAGGCAAUAGCUGUUAUUUCUAACUGUGAUUUAGACAUAGCUGCCAGUGGAACAGGCGCUGCAAUUUUGCGUGCAGGAGGAAAUGCUAUAACGAAGGAGUGCUCAAGGCAUGGCCGUCAGACCCCAGGCUCAGUUGUUGUUACAAAAGCCGGUAAACUAAAGGCAAGAUACCUUUACCAUAUCAUCCCAGCUGACCAAACCCCUGACGGGAUGAAACAGUCCGUGUUGCAAUGUCUUCAAGAAGCUGAGAAUAAUAGCAUUUCGUCGAUUUCAUUCCCAGCUAUUGGCACUGGCAACAUUGGGAUGUCUGCAAAAGCUUCUACCCAUGCAGUGUUGUCCGCUAUCCAGGAACUGAGCAAACAAAAACCAACGUCGUUGAAACUCAUCAAGAUGACAGUAUUCCAAGAGAGCAUGCUUAAGGAUAUUCGAUCGGCCAUGGAGGAGGCAUCUGGUGUGAAACCAUCCCAGGAGCCUGCUAAAUGGCGACAAGCUUUAAAAUCGGUGGCUAAUUUUGUUUUUGGAGGUAGCGACGACGACACUACCUUGACAGUACGUCCCCAGGAACUGGAUAACAGAGAGAUAUACUUAGAAGUUGUUGCUGGCUGUAAAGAGGAUGUUCAAGAAGCAUCGAAAGCAAUCAAUGAGCUUAUGAAAGAAAAAUGCAAACAAAAGGUGAUCGACAACGAAGAAAUUUCAAAUUUAACACCGGGACAUUUGCGCAAACUUCACACUUUGGAGCUUCGAUACAGUGUACAGUUAACCGUGGAGAAGGAGGUGGAACGAAUUGUGAUAGAUGGCCAAUAUGAAGAUGUUCUCCAGGUAUUUGGAGAAAUCUUGGAACUUCUUCACGAAGUUGAAAAAGACAAACACGAACGAAACCACGCUGAAAUGUUGUCGAAAGACAUACAGUGGAAAUAUGAAGAAGAUGGGACAUUUGAGGACUAUGAUGGAAACCUGAAUGCUCAAAUUGAACUGGCUUUUCAAAAGGAUAAGUCAAAAAUUGAAAUUCAGAUGGAUGAAGAAAACUACACAGUCAAAUUUGAUACAAUGACAAUGGAAGACGAAGGAGGCAUUGCCACUGGUGUUAAAAGAAUUGACCUUCGCAAAGGUACAAUGACUGCAUGCGCACUAUCAGUGAGUUUAAAUAACGCUUCCGUUUCCUUUUGUCAAAGUUCUUGACGUCUUUGUGAUAUGUUUUCUUGCUCGUUUUGUAUAUCACCUUCAUGGAUUCCAUCCCCGUUGGUUCUGAGACGGGUUAUGCAGCAUAGAUGACUUUUAGAGACACCGUUUAGAUGAAAUGCUCGUCUUUAAAAUAUCACACGUUUUGACUGGUUCCGCUUUUAACAAACCCAUCAAAGUUGUCAAACAUUUGUUAAAAACAUGUCAGAAAGGCGUCUAACUCAGUGAGACAGUUUGUAACUAGUAAUAAACAAAGGUGAGGGAAUGCGUGGCGAGACUGGUGCCAAAGCUCUUGCUCCAACGUUGUGCUUUGCGUACAUUUCGUAACAGAAGCGUGAUCAGAUCACGAAUGAGAAAAGUUCUAAACGUGACCAGAUUGCUUUCUAUGUAUUCCAUUCACUUUUAGUGGACGUCCAAACGAAUGCUGGUCACAUAAGUACCAAUCAUGUGUAAUAGCAACUUGAAGGCAUAAUAGGGAAGCAGACUCCGGCAAUAACGUAAUGAGUUUAUCAUUUUUUCUCUAGAUGUCGAGUUUCCACCUUAUUGGACAACCCAGCCAACCGAUUCCAGCGGGCGAGAAGAAACUGUGCAUCUUGUUCAGCUGGAUUCUGUUGUGAACGCUGAAGAAUACAAGAAAGUUAGCGAUCAGUUCCACAAAACCUGCCCCAACAACAUCUUAAAGAUAGAGCGUGUGCAAAAUCCGGCACUUUAUGGUGCAUAUAUAGUGUACAAGCAGACGAUGGACAAAACAGGAGGUCGAGGAAGCAACGAAAUGAAUCUGUUCCAUGGCACCAAAGGCCAGAAGUGCCAGCUAAUAAACCACAAGGGUUUCAACAGAAGUUUUUGUGGAGAAAACGGUAAGUCUAAUUAAUUAAAAUUAUAUGGAUGUUAAGAUUGUUUUUUUCUCUCUCUCCCUCUCUUCUAAUCAGCCGAAUACUUCUCCUCGUCAUCAGCAUUAUACUUUUGUACGCCUAAUACCGGUCUUAAGGUAACAGAAAAUAUUGAAAAAAAUCCAAAAAGAGAAAUCCGAAAACCCAGGGUUGCCUUUUGUCCAAAUCUGUAGCUUUUUCAAGGAAUCGCGAAACUAAUACCCUCAUCCCAAUACAUUUCCUAUUGAUUUUUCUCGUUUAUGAAUUCGAACAAAUACAAAAAGGAAAAAACCUUUUUGGGGUUGGCUUCAAAGUUCCAUCCAUCUUCCCCUUGUACCCGCACAUGCAUCUUAGAUUAUAUUAUAGCUGACCUAAAUCUAAUUAUCAAAUGAAAUAUGAAAUUAAUCUGAGCUUUACCAAUCCAUCAAUCCGUCCGUUCGUAACUAAGUAACUUUUGGAUUAUUUUCUUUGAAUUCCUAACUCUCUCAGCUGCUUGUUAUGGAAAUGGUGUGUACUUUGCCUUGAAUGCCUCCUACUCAGCAAGAUCUACCUACUCCCCGCCAGACACUAAUGGGUUAAGAUACAUGUACCUGGUAAAGGUCUUAGUUGGAGAGUACACAGUGGGAAGACAAGGUAUCCUGACUCCCCCAGUAAAGAAUGCUAAUAACGUAACCGACACUUACGAUACCGUUGUUGACAACGCCGCUAAUCCUGGGAUCUUUGUAGUUUUCUACGACUGGCAGUGUUAUCCGGAAUACUUAAUCACUUUCCAGUGAGACUGGUCGACGAAAGUGUCCACUGGAACAGUUACGAAAUGCAACUGAAAUAUAUCCGAGUAGUUAGUACAGAGGUAAAUUAUUUCUUAUCGCUUUAAAUUUCUAAAUUGCUUACAACCUGUAGGAUUGGAGCGUUUGAAAAUCUGCGAGUAUCGUGUUCUGCGUAAGGUCAGUCCUUCUGCAGGGACCACAAGCACCGUAUGUUACCACCAUUAAGACAUGUCUUAUGUAAUUUAAUAACGUCUUUAUUUAAAGUCCUGCCUAGAUUAGCAUUAUAGCUAUUUGCAGGACAUAAAGUAUUGUAACUUUAUAUUUGUUUAACUAAAUACAUUGUUGCUGUUAGACAACUAUGUCAUUAGGAACCUCCACUCAGUGAUGCAUCAAAGUAAAAAGGGCUAUGUGGUCGAGUCAAGUGAACUGCAACGAACAUUUAACUGGAGCUUAACUGCCAAGUAUUCGUUUCACCAAGGGCAGGCUAUUUUCAUGGCAGCCCUGCAUGUAUAUUUUCAGCUAGAUUUUCCCCUUACGACAGCAAGGAGGUCAAACCUUGUUCUUGGCACUAAAAACAAUAGCAGGUGUGUUUGCAAAGGUUAUUAAAAAUAGAAAGGAGAAGUGUGACGUCAUCACACCAUGGUGACAAAAUUACUGGAUCUCAACAAUCUUUUUUGACAGAGAUGGCUGUUCGCAUUGUCGAUCGAUGGAAGAAAAGUAUGGCUACUCUUUUUUUUCCUGAGUGCAAUCAUGCAUAGGAAAGUCAUACAUCUCAAUAUUUUCGUUUUUUAGCCAUGUUUGCAGGAGCACAAUUUGUUGAGAUCCAGCAGUAGUCAUGGAUCCAGAAAUUUUGCUACCAUGGCAACGCGAGACAACUUCUCAUCUCUGCAUCUCGAUAGAGGUUUCUUUCUCCAGGGAGAAAGUAACUGUAAAAACACGAAUCGAGCGGUCAGUGGCCACUAAUCAAGAUGGUCACGUUUUUUUGUCCGCUAAGAACAAAAUCUAAAAGAGGGGGGGGGAAGGAAGGAGAUGAAUUUGAAAACUACGUAAGAAGUACUCUGUAGAGUUGUUUUAUGAGCACUAAAUCAUUAUAAAGGUCAUAGUUUUUCUCUAACCUUACGCUCUGAGCAGCAUACUUAUCAUACACGUAGUUCCUGUAGUUAUUGAAUCUUCCCGUACAAACCAUUUUCUCCAGGUACAAGUGCUAAAUAUUUUUGGAACAAUAUUUCUUCGUCCAUCCACCCCAGGAAAAAAACAUCAAAAACCGCUGGGAAAAAAUUAUCUUACAGUUUUUAUCCGUUUGAUCUGAAACUUUGCAGGAUGGUACAGAUUUCCAUUGCGCAUGUUUUCCUUGUUUUGCUUUUUUGAUUUUAACGGUUUUUGGCGGGAAAAUGAGGACAAAAAGUUGACAGUAAAUUUUUGUGCAAAGUGUGCUGCACGUGAAAAAAUUGUUUUAAUUUUUUUUGUUAAUUAGACCUACUGACUUUUUUGCCGUUAUCGUUACCGUCGCCUUUUAGCAUUACACCAUUUUAUUUUUUGUUUGAGUAAACUACAAGCAACGGGAGCUUUGCUUUUUGCCCUGGCUAAAUCUGUGCUUGACGGGUGGGUCUCGCUUUAAGGGGUAAAAACGACUAAAUGGAAAAAAAAACUAUAUUCUUUCAGCUAUAUUUAGAAAAGUUUGUGAUUUGUUUUAUCAUCUUUUGUAGUUCCUCUCCUAAGGCCUUGGCCAAACGUCGAAUUUUUUAUGAGACGAACCAAACUCUAAUUUGGGUCGACAUAUAUUAACUUACGAUGGUUUGUUGGGUCAGACGUCGAACUUAGGACGCUUCGAACCGAAUCAACUGAAUCAGCCCAAGAAGUAAUUUUUAAAAGGAAUAAUAUCCUGAACGAAGCUAAAUAAACAAUAUCAUACAUAUUUUUAAUUUAUCAGUUUAGUUUGUCGCCUGUGAAGAUCGACGAGUGUCCCAGAGACGAUCUUCAGACGUUCUAUCCGUCUAAAGUAGAUGGGUGGGGAUAGAAUCAAUGUGUUGGACGAUCGCAACUCAUUCAGACGAACAUAACUGAACCAGACGUCGAACUUUUUCAUUAACUUAACUCACUAAGUUUGGUUCGUCUGAUGAACAGUUCUGACCUUUGGUCUAGGCCUAAGUGACGAAUAGCUUUACCAAUUACUCGUUCUGAUGGUAACAAAUAUUCAGGUUAAAAAUAGAUUUAUGCAAGUAGCCAUAUCUAAACAUUUUUGCCUUAAUUUUUCGUGUGAAAUAAUUAAGAGGUAGAAUUGAUCCGCAGGUAAAAAUACAAACAUUAGGAUACCUAUUACGCAAUAGUUCUAAUACACUUAACGCAGCAGCUAAUUGCUGAGUUUUACUAGCACUUUGAUGCUUAGGGGCACUUGUACUGCUACUUUCGGUGGAGGGCACUGUUGUUCUAAAGAAUGGUUAAGGAGAAUUAUUUAUAAACAAUUAUUAAUAAGUCACUGCAAGAGCCAUAUGGCUCUUGGUCAGUGAGUAAGGCUGAGGGAUCGCCAAAAAAACGUGGAUCAAAAAGGGAAGAUUAGAAGUGUUUGGCCUAAGCCUUCAUAGCCUGCGUGGCAGGCGUUUGAAAGGGAUGUCCCUAGACUUUGAAGAUGGUAGAAUAAAUGUAAAAGUAUAAAAAAUUUGAUUUACCAUCAUGAGUGCAAAAUGGUUCAUCAAUAGAGCAAGAUAUGAGGGUAAGAUCUCUGCAGACUUCCUAGAUCCUAGGGUUUUGCAAACCCUAACGUUUAUCUAAUCGGAGGAAUGACCCACUAAAUCUGUGUUUGUAGAAAGCCUUUUUUAAAAGAUUUUCUUUUUGACAAAGUUUGAUUUUUGUCUUGCCCCUCAUUCUAAAUUGAUUUGACUUUACGUGAAAAACUUAAUAUUCAAACUGUUGAAAUAACGGAUAAAGUUUCAAAAUAUAUUCUUUGUUAAGAUGGGGAGUCUAAUAAUAUAAAAACUGUUCCAAUACAGAAUACUUUGAUUUUUUCCCACAAACUUUAGAAUUUCCUACCGUCUUGCCCUGAUGACCCAUCAUGUACCCAAAAGCAUGGACCUCUAUUUACAAUACAUGUGUAUGGUUAUUA